AUGGAUGAAGUGAUGAAAGAAAUAGGAGGAUCAGUCCUGGGCCUUGCUGUUGAAACACAAUCAAAAUCAUUUGAAGUUAUUGAAUUUUUGGAGGAGCUUGGCUUCGACUUUGAUGAGAAUCGUGGGGAUGUAGACUUCAACUUCGAACUCCCCUUUGAUGAGCCAAUCCAUAGUUCAGCUAAUGGUUUGAUCUUCCUAAGAGGCGUCGAUCAUGGUGAUCUUAUCCUGUGCAAUCCCAUCACACGUGACUAUAUCAAGCUCCCUUCUCCUCGACAAACUACCUCAAAAGAUCAGCUUGCAGUUGAGAAUUUUGGAUUUGGAGUGAGCAGAACGUCCGGCCUAUAUAAGGUGGCUCGGAUUUUCGUCAAAACACCACUUCGUGAGGACUACCAAAAGUUUCCAUCACCAAUGUUCCAAUAUGAGUGCCAAGUAUACACUGUUGGGACCGGAACGUGGAGAAAAGUUUCCUCUGGUAGCCCACGCAGGUUUUUUGACGAGUUUGGAGGGUUGCUUUUUAAUGGAAAUCUUCAUUGGAUGGUAAUUGAGAAAAUCACAGGCAACUUGGUUGAACAGAUUUGUUGCCUUGAUCUUGAAACGGAACUUUUUUGCACCUUUUCUUUACCUCAUCCCCCUCCUUCACCGUUUCUUGUUAUGGGUUUACACUAUCAUAAGGCACCAUCCGUUUUGAGGGAUUGCCUCUGCGUGAGCCAUUUUGCAUAUGACGGGGGGAUUGUAAUUUGGUCGAUGAAGGAAUAUGGGGAUGAGAAAUCUUGGACUAAGGAGGUCCUCACCAGAGAAGUUUGUGGAGAAUUUUCUCGUUCUUGCCCAAUCAGAAUUUUCGAAAAUGGUGACAUCUUGAUUGAAUGUGAUAGGAAAAGGCUAUUCUACUACUCGAACAAGACUAAAGCUGGCUAUGACCUCUUUUUUCGAGAGGAUCAAGAAGAGCAUAUCUCUACGACCAUGCAUGCCCCAAGCUUUCUCUCGCUCGAGAAUUUUGCCGUGGAGAAUGUAAGCUCAUUUUGA